AUGAAAUCGCCCCACACUUGGCAUCGUUCUCACAACGCUGCCUCUCUUGUACGUGAAGUGAAGGCACAUCUAACGCCAGAGAAGACUAUCGAAACCGCAAAGGACUUUCUCCACAAGCUGAACGAUCCCAAUCAUCACUCAAAUAUGUCCGAGGAACAAAAAACAAAAGCCGAAUUUUAUAUCAGCAACUUGUGUGAGCAGAUUUUGGUGAAACAAUUUGCAUUAGAAAAGGACGAGGAGAUGUGGAGAGAGCAUUCGGAACGACGGAGACGCAGCAAAUUAGACAACUUUGGGUCACAAGUAAUCCCCACAUAUGGAAGUGAAUACGACUCGGAGUCAGAGGAAUGCGCUUUCAAAGUCGAGAACUCAGAUGUGACAGUGCCCAUUGACAAGAUAUAUUACAAAACAUUGCCGGUGAGUUAUAUAUUAUUUAAGCAUAUGAAUUUUUAACCAUAUCUAUAGUUAAAAAUGCACUCUCUUUUCCAACUAAAGCCCACUAAAAAUCGCUGUUUCAGUGGUUUCUCGCCCCGAUUCCUCAUAUCUUCUUCUGUAUUACAAUGAUGGCCGGCGUUUAUGGUGGCGCUUUUAUGUUUCUCGCCAUUGAGCCGUCUCUUGGAGAAAUGCCAUUCAUCCGCUUAGUUCUCAAUUGUUUCGACAGUGGCUCCAGAAUGGGUUGGGGCCAACUUCCUCCAACAUCGCCUCUUGGUCGAGUAGUCAUGACAGUUUACAGUUUUGUCAUUGUCAGUUUGGUCAACGGGUUUAUCGCUACGGUGGGAAAUAUAAUGGCAAACACCUACUGUGUUCAUUGGCCUGUAUGGAAAGCAAAGUGGAAAGGAAUUGUAAUUAAAAUAAAAGGAAAGCCUAAUUGCAAUAACGGGUUUUAGAAGAACAUCAAAGUGCGAGAUUUGGGAGAGGAAAUGUCGUUGAAAGUGGCAUUCUCGAUCACCGUUUUAAUGGUCCUUUUGGCCUACUAUUUAUGGUGUUACAAGUUCGACAAUAUGGGAGUUGUCGAUGUUACCUAUUUCUCGUAAGCGUUACAUAUUGCCAUAUGCCUCCAAAAAGUGAUUUUUGGACGAAAAAACCAUAGAAAGUUCUAAUUCUGCUUUUGCUGCAAUACGUGACACAAAAUUUUUACGCUUCACUUUACAAGUCACGCCGCUUUUCAAUGGAAGGUUCCACACCACAUAGCCACUUCUCAAAGACAGAUAAACUAAUUUUCAGAGUGAUGACAAUGAUGGCUGCUGCAUUCGGAGACGUUCGAACUCUUCCCAAAACCCAUACUGAACUUUUUGUGAUAAUGAUCUACUUUACUGUCGGAAUUGCUCUUUGGGGUGGAAUAUUUGUCCUCCUCACAGGUUACAUAACCGACACCUUUGUCAAAAAAUGUCAGACAUUUCUACGUUGGACAGUACGACGCUAUUACAUGCUAAGAUACAGGAAAAAUGAGAACAAUUGACAACAUCUGAAGAAAUAUUUGAUUUUAUUGUGCAUAAAUAUUAUUUUGAUACCACUUCGGGGACAUUAUGAAAAGAACGGUUAGAGAAAUAAAUAGAAUUCAAUGACCGGUAAUGGGGACGUUCAAAAAAAAUAAAUAAAAGGCUAAAAAAUAAAAAUCAGUAAAAAAGAUUGAAUAUGCAAAUUUAGAGCUUCCAAUUUUUUAUUUUUCUUUGUCAACCGCCCAUUCGAUGGUCAUCCGAGAUGACCGGCCGGCUCUUUCUAUGGGCAGUUCUCCUGCAAAAUGUUGCCGUCCAGGCCCUUCAUUAUCCUGAUGCUGUACGAGCUAAGCUGGAUUACAUGAAAAAAAGUAUGGACACAACAGCUGAUCCUUGCAAUGAUUUCUUCACCUACGCUACAGGAAAUUUAAACCUAAAUACUUAUCAUGAGGAUAAUCGUAACGCCAAGAGACGUCUACUGGAAUCAAGCAUUGGAGAUGAGGUAGGGCUUAUAAUAGAAGAACGAGUAUGACAAAACCUUUUUUGAUCUUGGUUUACAUGUUUUUUUAGUCUAUACGGUCAUUUUUUUCAAUUUCAGAUCCCUACCGUCAAGCAAAUUAAGCCGUUGCUCGCAAACUGCAAGAAGAAUCCCGGUAUGAUGGAAGAACCGGGCCGUGCAGAUAUAUACAAUUGGAUUGUGAUGAGUUUAAAAUCGAGAGGUUUCACUUUCCCAAUGAAGAAAGAGGUUACCAGUAACGACGGCCUUUUUAUCGAGCUGGUCUUGGAAAUGUACACUUAUCUGUUUGAAACGGGAGCCGCGGUUUUUAAUCAAUGGGGUUCCGAUGCUUCUGCGGGGAAAUUAUUUCUGAAUAUUCCGCCAAAGGUCAACCAAGUACAAGCUUGGUAAGUUAUUUGUGCAUCACAUGAACAUACCAAUAUGUUGGGAAAAUAAUGUGGAUUCAUCGAGCUUUGAAAUCGCCAAUUAUCGCUUUGCAAGUUCUAGCCGCGGCGGGAUAUUUAUUGCCAGACUGAGACGAGAGGCGAGAAUUUCGCUGCGACGAAUCGACAUUAUUUUCUCGAAAGACUGGUAUAUGUAGGUGGCAACGGAUUAAUAGUGUGGAUCGGGGUGGAUUGAAUACAUAUGAUAAUCUUCAGGCUGACGUAUUGCAAUGUCUUUGGAGGAUGUUAUAAUUUGGUCUACGACCGGAAUUACAUGGCACAAGGUUACGUACAGGCAGAUCAUUUAAAAGGCCGCUUCUUCAACAAAACUAUGGGUACAGGAUUAGACGAGACUUUCCCGGAUAUUGCUUUCUAUUUUCCGAACGUCAUAGAUGUAAGUUUUUGGGUUUUGCCUUGUGGCCCAAGGCAACCUUCUGUAUGAAAGAAAAACUGGUUUCUGCCGGACUAGAGGUGGUAAUCGGGCCGAGCCGGCCCGAUUGAGACCUUUAUGCCGGUCUAUGAUAACUAUUCAAGCCACUUAUACACCUGGAAACUUAAUCCGCAACAUCUAAUCAUAAAGCCCAUCGUUUGAAUUUCCAGUUGUAAGCAAAUUUUGGGUCAUUUCAUAACAUGUCCGCAGAUCUCCGUGGUUUUUCAAGCUGCCCGCAAAGUUGUUUCCCGCAAGUGUGGGCCCGCCGGGCACACCUUGAAGUAAAAAUGAGAAAAAGAGUUGAUUAACGUGCACGAUCCCCACGGCUUCUUUGAGCUGCGCCCAAGCAGCUUGUGCCAACUUUCCAUUAGUCGUAACUCGUUCCUAUCCGUCAGGUUCCCUUUCUGUCUGUCUAGCUAAAAACUUCAAGCGUUUAAACCAUACUUCUGAUAUUCAAACUUCUUUUGAUACCUUUUGGUUUCCCCUAGAGGUGGCAAUCGGGCCGGGCCGGGCCGAUUUUUGCGGCCCGGCCCGCGGGCCGAAGUGACCAGGCCGGCCCAGGGCUUUUUCAAAUUUGCUCAGGCCCGGCCCGGCCCGGCCCGAUGAAAGCCCAGGCCGGCCCGGCCCGGCCCGGUUUGGCCCGCUAAUACAGAAAAGUUGGAUAAAAGUCUUUGCACUUUCUAUUGGAAGUUGUUAUGCUUUCCAGAAGGUUUUUACGUGUGUCUGCGUGAAAUUAAAAAGUCUAGUCGGAUGACUGGAACAUCCGUAUAGGUAGCUAAAACCUAGCCAAAAAGUUGGAUUGUGUUGAAUUUUUUAAUCCUAUAGGAAGUUAGCUAUAUAAAAGUAUGGACGUUAUAAGGUACAUGGUUAACCAAAAACUGUUUAAACACUUUCCUUUACAUCAAGGAAUCAAAAUUACAGUGAAAUUUUUAAAUUUAUCUCAUAGAAAAUUCGAAGAUUUUUGCCCGACCCUUGCAUAUUUGGGUGGGAUUUUACAUACAUAUAAUAAGUUACAGAUACAUAUACAUAAUUUUAAAAGGUAGUAAAACAGCGUAUAAGUCAAAAAAGGUUUAAUCUAAUUUCCAUCCAUUAUUCUACAAAGCAUUUGUGCUUUAUUUUGCAGCAUUAAAAAUUUUUUACUUAUCUACUUUCCGGGCCGGGCCGAAAGUGUCGGCCCGGCCGAUGGGCCGAAGCGGUCAGGCCGGCCCAGGGCUUUUUCAAAUCUGCUCAGGCCCGGCCCGGCCCAAUCACCGGGCCCGGCCGGGCCGGGCCGGCCCAGCCCGAUUGCCACCUCUAGUUUCCCCUUUCUUGCUGCAACCUGCGAAAAAAAAUGAAUUAUAAAUGACGACUUUUUUCAGCCCAGCCAGUCUGCUCAUCGUGCCGACUUUCUGAAUCAUCUAAUGGAGUAUUUAACCGAUCAGAUUUUUUACCGCCCGAAGAAGUUUUACAACUGUGAAGAUUACAUUCAAGAAGCGUUUCCCCUUCAAUUUUCCAAAAUGGUGUACGAACUGGAGAUGCAAGACAAGGAGGGCUUUGCUAAGCUGAAAGAAAAAAUCUUCGAAGAAGGAAAAGCGAUUAAGAAAACCGCUGAAGGCAUGCUCCGAAACGCAAACUUCAAGCAGAAUCAGACCCGACAGAAUUAUCUGGACAGAUUGGCGAAGAAUGAGUUCAAAUUUGUGGAUCAUCCAAUUCUUUUGGGAAAUGAGCUAGCUUCAGUGGAUCUGUUGCAUUGGGAUGCGCCGUAUAUGAGGAGAUUUGUGCAUGGAAUAGCCAAGGUUUUUAAGUUCAACUCGGAGAAAAAACUGAAGAAUUUUGUCGUCCCAGAGUACAAGGUAAGUCUAUUCGUAAUAUUAAGAGUGAAGACAGAAGAUUUCGGAGGAAAAUUUUGAAAAUUUUUCGAAUUCACUUUUUUUUCGAUUUUGGAGUAUUUCGUGCUCUCUCUGCCUCUCUGCGCCCUCUCUUCGUUUCCCGCUCUUUCGCUCUCUCUCUCCUUUUUUUGCGCUCUCUCGCUCUUUCUCUCGAAAAAGAGAGAGAGCGCGAAACGGAAAGAAGGCGCUGAGAGGCAGAGACAGCACGAAAUAGCGCGCGUUUCUCUCGUUCUCUUCGUUUUUUCUCCCUAUUUCUUCGUCCUAGUCAACAGUUAUUGACCCCUCACCCAGUCAAGAAUCGCGGGAUUCCUGAAUGGACCACAGUCAGGAAGUUUUGACUGUACGAAGAGUCAGGAACCCCGCGAAUCCUGACUCCCAGUCAGGAUUCGGCAAAAUUUUUCGAAAGUUCGGCGCGAAUUACUAACGAAAAUAAAAAAAAUUUUUGCGCCCAGGGGUCAACUGUUCCCCGGGAGUAAACUCUGGAUUUACUCGCCGGCACCUUCGGCGAGUAAAUUCUGAGUUUACUCCAAAAAAAGGCGAAAAAAAAGUAAACUCGGAAUUCACUCCAAAAAUGGAAAUUUUGAAAGCUAUUUCGAUUACUACUCGCCGACUCAUAAAAUUUCUCGAUUUUUACUCUCUUUUUCAAAAAAAAGUGAAUUCGAAAAAUUUUCAAAAUUUUCCUCCGAAAUCUUCUGUCUUCACUCUUAUAUGGAGUAAACAUUUGGGGAAUGCGGUUUUCUAACUAAAACGGGAUAGGAAAAAUAAUAGUAAUUUUUUCUAUUUUUUCCAGGAAUAAAGUUUUGAUAUUUUAUCUUCAGUUUGGUGCUUCCCACUCUCGCGAGAACCAGCAUAAUUACUUUCACUUUCGCGCUGUUCAAUAUCCAUUCUACGAUGUCGCCUUUCCCGCGUCUCUCGAUUUCUCUGGAGCAGGGUUUAUGAUGUCCCAUGAAUUAGCCCAUACCUUCGGCAAGUGAUAAAAUUUACCUGAAAAAUAAUCUCCCGUUUUUUAGGAGAUAAUUUGCUGCAAAGUCAUGAGGACCCUGACAAGGAGCAUCGUGCUCGGUGGGACUGUAUUACAAAGCUCUAUAGUCAACAAUGUCAUCCACAAUGGCCGAACUUCUGUGUGAAUCCAAACAAGAUCGCCGACGAGGCAUUUGCGGAUCAAGUUGGUGAGUAUUAGCCGCAUUAUGGCAGGACUAAUAGAUAAAAAAUUCUUGGGGGCGGUUAUCUUCUCUGGAAGUUUACCGGGAGGAGCUGGCGCGCUAAAAUGGUUGAGCCUGAACUCUCCCCCUUUUUUGACUUUCACCAAAAAAUCUGAACUUUCCCCUUUUUUGAACACUUCCCCAUUUUGAAAAUUGAAAAAAUGAGGUGUGACAUGUUAUACGAUGGAAUUUUGUUUUCAAAUUGAAAAAAUGAGGUGUGACAUGUCAUACGAUGAUGAUAAGAUGUCACACCCAAUUUUUAUUUUCAAUUUGAAAAAAAAUUUUCAUCGUGUGACAUGUCACACCUUAUUGUUUUCAAUUUGAAAAAAAAUUUUCAUCAUUUAACAUGUCACGACUCAUUUUUUCAAUUUUCAAAAUGAGGAGGAGUGUUCAAAAAGGAGGAGGGUUCAUUCAAGGGGGAGUGUUCAAAAAGAUGGUCCAUUUUCAUUCUGCAGCGGCGGAAAAAGGGAAUUUUUUUCGAGAUUAUAUAAGCCCUAAAACAAGUCGUCCACACGCUUAGACUUACCUCAAUGUCAUUUUAGGUAUUCGUCUGGCCUAUUUUUCCCAUUUCGUCCCUGGAAAUAUUUCGGAGCCCCGAGUAAUUCAACAGUUCUCCAAUAGGCAACUUUUUUUCAUCAACAUGGCCCAGACAAUUGCGGUGACAGUGCGUUGGAAAGACUACAAAGCAGCGAAUCCCCAUCCGCCAGCUCGAGUUCGUGUUUGGGGAGCACUUGCCAACUUUAAAGGAUUUGCCGAGGCUUUUCGUUGCCCUGUUGGUUCGAGGUAUCAUCUUCCACCGGACCAAAGAUGCAACAUCUUUGACUUUGACAUUGCUAGCACCACUACCACGACGACCACGACAACUACGACCACAACUACAACGACCAGUACAACAACGUCUACAACAACUACUACAACGACUACAACAACUACUACAACGACUACAGAAAUUACAACAACGGCUGCAACAACGACUACGCCAACUACUACUGAAGCAACUGCUGUGACGACUACAGAAACUAUAACAACGACUGUACCAGCUACCACUGCAACGACUACGGAAACUACUGAGGAAGCUACUACAACAAUGACUACAGAAAAAGCUACAACCAGCACUACAGCACCAGUUGUAACUGACGGAACUCCUCAUGCCAGUACGAACACUCCACCGGCCCCUGGACCAACCAAAUCAACUCCAAACCCACGUACGACUACUACGCAAUCUACACCAAGAAUUACUCCAUCUCAGCCAAGAACCACUCCCUCUAAGCCAAGAACUACUCCCUCUGAGCCAAGAACUACACCUCCUACGGCAAGAACUACCCCUCAUACGCCAAGAACUACUCCUUCUGCGCCAAAAACCACUCCCUCUGAGCCCAGAAGUACUCCCCCUAAGCCAAGAACUACUCCCUCUCCAUCUUCACCGGAACCAGACUAUAACCACGAAGAAUAUGGAGAAGUUGCCCCCAAAAAGUCGAUUCUGUUCUCACCGCCGUCUGUCUUAUAUCCCAUAUUGGCAUUUGCAUAUAUUAUGUUCCAAUAA